AUUCUCAGUAGGCCUGGUAGUCAACGUUGUCUAGCCUGGGGUUAAAAAAUACGUAGGCUACGUUUUUCAGAUGAUUAAAUAGUCAGUCUUCAGAGUUACAGAGUUACAGGCAACAAGGAACAAGCAACACUAUGUUAUUUUUAAGGUACUUAAAACUCAGCCCAUUGGUAUACAAAAGCAUCAAUGCAUGUUCCCCUUCAAUAUUAGUAAGGCGGCAGCAGAAAUUCUUGUUUAGUAACAAAGCCAGUAACUUUCCUAACGUUGCAGAGCAGCCAGAGCUUAAAGUUGGAGAAGAUUUUGAAAAUAAAAAUAGACGUUUGAAACGACCACUCUCUGCGCAUCUUUCCAUUCAUAAGCUCCAAAAUAACAUGAUUCUUUCCAUGACGCAUCGAUUUACGGGCGUAAUUCUUUGCGGGAUUCCGUUUGGAUUGGCCACAGUGGCUAUCUUACUGCCGGAAUCCUAUCCGUACUAUUUGGAAAUAUUGGAAAGCAUGAAUCUCAACAGGUUUAUGAUCACGACUGGAAAAUUUCUUGUAGUCUUGCCAUUUUCAUUUCACUAUUUGAAUGGAAUCCGACAUCUUAUUUGGGAUUUGGGAUAUUGGUUAACAAUUAAGGAAGUGGAUCGGUCUGGUUACGUUGUUUUGUUGCUUGCGGUUUUCCUAGCGUUUCAUCUUCUAUUGUUAUAAUAAGAAUUAAAAGACGUCUAGACCUUCGUCCCUUGAUUCUUAGUGUAAUCGUUUUAAUCGAUCGAUCGAAAAUUAAUCGCGCAAGUAAUAAAAAACGCAAAUUACGAACUUCCAACGUAUAUCCAAGAAUUUUUUUAAUUUUCUGUCCUUUAUUUUUCUCUCGCGUGUCCAGUUGGGAAAGCGACAAUGGACCGAAUAGACACUAUAGACCAUAUAAACCUUUAGAGAACAUAAAAAUUAGUCAGUUCUAGUGUCGUCAAAAAUUUACAAGUUAAAAUGAAUCUAGGUCUAGUGUUCCUACAGCUACCUUCUAGUGUCUUCGAGGAUAGUUUAAAUGUAAGCAUCUCAACAUUUAAAAAAUACAACUUAAAUUUUUAAAAAUGCUGUAACUUAUUUAGUGUGUAAAAUAAUAAUGAUCCCAAGAAAAAA